UGUAUUAUCAAAUGACUUUUUUUGUUGCAGCGGCGUGUUUAAAUUAUGGCCAUUCGUGUUGGGGAGCUCAUGGCAAACGCAAUGUGGGCGGGACAAACGACAUAGACACUUUCUUAAGAUAUCGGAUGGCCCUUCUUAAGAAAUCGGGACGCAGAGAUUCAUAUAUAGAUCCAAAUACAGACCAAUCUCAAGAAGAUAUUCCGAACUAUUACAACAUUUUCAAACAUUAUUCAAAAAUAAAUUCGAUGAAAACAAACAACGAUGAUACCGUUGACACCUGGAGCCUUGAACCGAACAAUAACUUACCUAGUGGUAAGUCGUACUACGAAGAUCAAGUCUUAGAUCCCAGGAUUGAAUAUAAAAUUAUGAAAAUAUAGGCGAAGAAGUACCACAAUUUAUUCUAUAACGUUAAUAGUUAAUACUUGGAGAAACCGGAAAAAUUAAUAUUUCAAAUAUGUAACAAUAAUACCAUG